CAGCAAGAUGCUACUGGAUCAAGAAAAAAGGAAAGCUAGCAUCAUAGCUUCUCUGCAGGCACUGGGACAGGAUUCUACAAAAGGGAGAAAGAGUAAGAAUUCCAGAAGAAAGAUGAUCUCAGAUUUAAGUCCUUCUCUGUGUCAUUGCCUGCCUCCUGGGAAACUUAUGCCUGGAUCCAACUUCAGUGAUGGAGUCCACUGGAAGAGAAAUCUCCCCGCAGGACCAUCCGCUCUGGGAAGACGGAAGCUGACAAAUCUGGGAAAAAAGCCUCACGUUCCUAAGGGCAGAGGAUACAGCACAUGGACACCCUCCCAAUUUCUGCAGCACAUCAUAUCCCCACCCCUGGGGCACCAGGCAAGAGAGAGACCCAGCAGAUUCAAGUCAGAUCUUCUGUUCAGGUUUAAAAAAGCUGCUAAAUGCAUUGUCAUGCUUUGCUUACUUUACAAAGAACACCACCUUCGGGCCAACCUCAGUUAUGGUAUUGAGAGAGUAAGGAGAUGGCAGCCCAGCUCAAGCCACAUGGAACAGUCUCAGGAAGAGAUUCUUUUUGAUGUGACAUUAUUCAGGGCUAAGAAACAGGCCAGGAUUUCUCAGCGUGCCAUCUGCAUUCUUCAUCAGUGCCCACAGGAACGAAGUGAGAAAGACAUUAGCUACAUGCUAAUUACCUUGCAACCUGUAAAGGCAUUUGGAAAUUACUCCACCAGGAUUCAGAAGGAAGUAGCAAAAGUUGCAUGGUACUCCAGAUACGAAUCCUGCCAAGUAAUGAUCCAACAGGGCUAUGCUCCACAUUCCUUCUAUAUCUGUCUCUCGGGAUCUGCAACAGUUAUCAGGAAGAACCAUGACACUGGCCACUUAAAGCCUGCCUGGUUCUUUAGUCAAGGGGAUGCAUUUGGGGAUCAAGAGAUUAUAAAUGGUGACCCCUGGCAGGGAACUGUUAUUAUUCAGGAACCAGCUGAGUUUCUCUGCAUUGACCAAGAGGACUUCAUUAGAAUUUUCCUGUCUGAUGCAAGAAAGGUGCUUGGGGACCCUGAGCAGCUGCUGUUUCUGAGAAGCCUUCAGUGUUUUGAAGGUUGGCCGGUCCAUCUUUUGGAAGGCAACCCUGGCAAAUACAUUGUCUGCCACUACAGAAGAGGAUCAGUUGUUCUGAGAAACAGUAAUGCGACCAAAUGGAUUUACAUUGUCAAAGCAGGAAGUUGUUCUGUCCUGAAGGUUUUUAAAGAUGACCUCCCCACCACCGGAGUAAUGCAAGCAGGAGCUGGCAGAAGCAGCAUGAUGACUCCUAUGAUCAUUGCUGUAGACACCUUGCUGCAAGGAUCUGUAUUUGGGCUCUUGGACUUUCUCUUUGAGGAUCAGCCAAAUUUGUGUGUGGUCAGCAAUGGAGCUGAGUGCCUUAAGAUUUCAAAAAAGUUUUUCCUGCAUCAUGCUUCAAAAGACCUUCUGGAGAGGCUGCGCAAAGAGGAACAUUCCUACCCCAGUGAGGCCAAGCUAAAGGAACAGCUACAGCGGGUGGUGCAGUGGCAAGUUUUUCGGAAAGCAGCUUUGGCAAACACAAUUCAACGGAUUGAACUGAAACGCAAAUUGCUUCCACAUUCCCUGAGUAUAGGGCUCUAUGCAUGCUCAAAAAACUGACUAACACACGUUUCUGCCAGAAAUGGAGGGAUGCCAACAAUGGUAACAAGUAACCAGAACUCAAAUCCAAGGUAAUCUAUUUUAAGAUCCUAAUAUUACAUUAUGAAUCUGGAUGUAAUAGAGUUCAGUGCAGUAGAGAAUGUUUGAAAAACAAAUCACUCAUUUCAUGCAAGAACUGUUGCUGGGCAUUAUAGCUCAGUGUGGCCACAUGGGGGACAAAAUGUCUCCAAUACCUUUAUUACAAUGGUAACACUGCUGGUACUUCUCUUUCUAUGUGAAGAGACUUGUACUGUAGAUAUUAAAAGUUGCAUGGAAACCUCACUACAGUAGAAACAGAGAAUGAAUGCAGUCAAGAGGGAAAAUUUCUAAGGAACUCAACUCUUAUUGGAAACAUCUAGAACUUAAAUGCUUUUAGAAGUAAAAACGAGUAUUUAAGAGGGGAAAAGUGAUGUAAACUUAUGCACUGUCCAAUUAACUUGAAUUUUCACCUCUAAUAAAAUAAUGUAAGUAGUUUCUUAAUAUGCUUAGUUUACAAAAGGAACAAGAAUCAUGACAGUCUGUAUUUAUUCUGCUCUUACCACAUAGCUGUAAGCUGUGUCACCAUUUCAACAGGAAUCUAGUUCAACUUAACUGUAUUACAACCAUCUUAAUCUGCUCAUGCUAGACAUAGGAAACAUACAGCAGUAUAUUAGUGCUACAGUAUUUCUGUAGAAUUAUUUGUAUUCAGUUAUCACUAGACACAUUCUGUUAAGGCAGAUUGUACACUUCACCACCCAACCGAAGUAAUAGUACAUAAAUAUAAAGGAAGUGUUUGCUGAAUUAACAGUUAGUUGAGGUAGCAGGUAAAAACAUAAGCAGCAGGAUCUCUGUACUGAAAAACAGAUGCCAGUUCUUUAUCAAAGCAUGGACUGCUUUGUUACGCUUAUAUUUUGGCAAAAGUAUGAACUAAGAACAAAAAGGAGAGUUCUCUCUCGGCAGGGAGGGAGAAAAAAAGCCUUCCGUUAAAUUAUAUCAUCACCCAACCCCUCAAACUAAAGACAACUGUCAUCAGCAGUCUUGUACAUCAAUUUUAUGAUCUUCGUACAAUUUCUGCAAAUUUGGUGGGGGGA